UGACUCGUCUCCGCAAUCUCUGAUAUCUCGUCGUCCUCUAUAAGUAUUCCCGAUCCCCGCCUCCUCUCCUCCUCCUCCUCCUCCUCAUCAUCUCUCUCCACUCACUUCCUCAUCACCAUGUCCGCCACCGCUACCAUCACCCAAACCUCCCCCGCCCCCGCCGACAUCCUCCGCGUCGAGCCCCUCCCCGGCCGCUCCUUCGGCGCCCGCAUCAUCCUCCCGUCCUACGCCAAGGACCCCAAGGACCUCAACGACGCCGACUUUGACCGCCUCUACAAAGCCGUGCACACCUACCUCGUCGUCGUCCUCCCCGGCCUCGCCGACCUCGACCCCACCUCGCAGUACUUGCUCACCAAGCGCUUCGAUCCCACCUGCGAGGGCGCCUACGGCCACUCCAAGGAGUUCCGCCACGAAAAGUCCGUCCUCCGCAACGACGGCUCGUCCGUGAUCAAGCAGCCCCAGGUCCAGAUCCUGGGCCAGGGCAACGCCGACGGCCACGAGGGCGUCGAGAAACUCACCCUCCGCCACCCGACCCACAUGUCGUUCCACAAGACUCCCCUGUCCGAGCAGGAAAUGGCCGACGGAUACACGCGCUUCUACCGGUGGCACAUCGACUCUGCCCUCUACGAGCUCGCGCCCCCGGUCAUCACCACUCUGCUCGGCAUCGACUGCCCGUCCGGAGAGCGCCAGAAGAUCAAGGUCGACAACUCCGACGUCGUCUUUGAGUCCGACGUCGCCGCCACCGCCUUCAUCUCCGGCGCCGACGCAUUCGACUCCCUCUCGGACGAGCUCAAGCAGUUCGCCCUCGGCACCACCGUCGUCUACGCCCCGCACCCCUACAUCUACAUCUCCGGCGCGAAAGCCACCUCGGACGGCUUCACCAUGGUCUCCGAGGGCCUCGAGACCCCGCUCGACGAGCUGCCGCCCUGGGAAGACGCAAAGAUCAAGCGCCUGCCGCUCGUCUGGACAAACCCCGUCACUGGCCGCCACCACCUGCAAGUCCACGGCUGCUGCAUCUGGAAACUCGAGACCCCCAACGGCGUGCAGGAGCUCGAUCAGGCCCGGCAGACUAUCCACUCGCUCAUGACCCCGCAGCUUACGCAUGACCGCGUCUACCUCCACGACUGGCAGAAGGGCGACCUCGUCAUCUUCUUCAACAGAGGUGUUUGGCACUCGGUCACCGGCCAGUUUGGGCCUGAAGGUCACCGGCUCAUGCACCAGUGCAACAUCGCUUCUGGCGUCGACCCCGUCUGCGUCAAAUAAUUGAAAAGCAUUCUUUAGUUUUCUUGCUUUCUUCUAGUUUUUUUUCGUUCAAGUUUUAGUUUAGUUUUUUUCGUCUGGUACACAUCUUUCUGCUCGGCGUUUUC